AUGUCUGAAGAUUGGAUGUCUGAAGAUUGGAUGUCUGAAGAAUGGGAGUCUGAAGAAUGGACGGCUGAAGAACGGAUGUCUGAAGAACGAAUGUCUGAAGAACGUGUCGUCAUCUACUUAGUGAGGCGCGAUCUAAGAGUUGCUGACAACCACAUUCUUCACCUGCUGUCCCGUCAUAACAUCAACGACGAAUGCGCCUAUACCCACCUCCUCCCUGUAUACGUCCUGGCCCCUGACCAGGUUGAAACAUCUGGCCUCCUCAAGGAUGGAGAGAGAUCUCCGUACCCUCGAGCAGUUUCAGAGAACUCUGGUGUCUGGAAAUGCGGUCUUCAUCGUGUCAAAUUCCUCGCAGAAGCAAUUUGGGACAUGAAGGGGAGGCUAGAGGAGCUGGAUAAUGGACUCAUCAUCAGAGUCGGACGUUUCUACGACAUCUUGGAGAGUAUUUACAAGCAUUAUUCCAGUGACAAAAGCGGUCCUCAGAUUUCUAGCGUGUGGAUGGCCAGAGGGCAUACCCCGGAGCAGAUAAGUGAACAGCAAGAGGUUUAUACUGCAUGCUAUAACUUCGGGAUCGACUACGUGAAAUUCCGCGAUCGUGAGCCAUUCGUCGAUGUACGUGAUGCCCCGUUGCAGUCAGUCGGCGAAACGCCUGAUGUGCUCUCCGACUUUCAGAGGCUGAUGGAGCCCGUGAUUGAUGACGCCCGCGAUUCGAUCGAGGCACCUCUUUCUCUCCCCCUCUUCCCAGAUCAUGUGCCACUUCCGCCACAGCAAGGCCCUUACGAGAUUCCAGACACACUACCGGAGCUUAUCAGUCGGCUCCAGGGACCUGUGAGGCUUGAUUUCUCGUAUUACUACGGGCUGGAUUUCAGGGGCGUAACACCUGAGUCCACCUGUAUAGGUGGCGAAACACAUGGCACUCGGAGACUUAAGCAUAUUGUCAAACAGGGUGUUGUGUCGCGUUUUCACACCUUAAACGACUUGGAGGAAAGUGAUGAAUGUCUUAAGCUCACACCUUACCUGUCUCUUGGAUGUAUAACGGCUCGGCAGAUUCAUGAGGAACUGCUGAACCUAGAGAAUGGCUACGUGCCAGAAUACGCAGAAGCUCAAGGUUGGGAAGGGGGCGAGAAUCCUGGGACAAGGGCAGUUCGGCUGUGGCUACUUUGCAGAGACUUUCUCCUUUUAGGCUCUAGAAAGUACCGCAACACCUUGUUUGACCUCGAAGGCUCCGGGGAUGGGAGAGACCCAAACCUCGAAUGGAAAUCGCCCGAUCCCGAGGAAGCCAGCCCCGAACAGGAACCUUGCUCUCUCCAUAUUCAGGGGGCUCUCGUGCAGUUCCAAGUAGGAGCCACGGGAUACGGGCUCAUUGAUGCCAUCAUGCGGCAACUCCUUUUCACUGGGUACAUUGGGGCCCGCUCAUACAUGCUUAUUGUUAACUUUCUAGCAAAGUUUGCGGGCAUAGACUGGAGAAUAGGCGCGGAGUGGGUGGCUUCCUUAUGCUUAGAUCACAACACUCCUAUCCAGUGGCACAGAUGGCAACACUAUGCCGGGAUUGGUCCUGACAUGAACGGCACAGAGACGGUCAUCUCUCCUGUCCACACAGCCUUCGAGCUCGACCCCAAUGGAACCUUCGUCCGGAAGUGGAUGCCAGAGCUGCGGAGUCUCACCAGGCUAUCCAACCUUUUUCAGGUAGCCACCACCUCUCCAGAGCUGCUGCUGCGGCUCGAUUUGUUCGCUAAUGUUAUGGUGACCAACCCGGUGCCUUCUGACACCCUCGAUCUUGGUCCUACGAGCCGAGUUCCUUGUGGAUGGAUGCACCCCAGGAUAUUUGUUCUUAGUCCUCAGGGGUAUAUGCUUCUUGGACCGUAUCCCAGGUUUCUCCGGAUGCAGCUGGACAUUGAUCCGAUAUAUUCACAGCUCCAGUCAAUUACUUACCCACCAACGCCCCAGGGGCUUCCACAUCCUCCGCCCGGACAUCUUUGGUUUCCUGUCCCAGGCACCCAACCACCUAAUCCACAAUAUUAUCUUGCACCGCAUCCCCAAGUUCUUCAAACUCUUGAACAACCACUUGCCUGGUUUUUUCGCUUCAUCAUCAUCUUGAGGAUACUUUUCGAGCAAGCAAGGACGCGUGCUCAGAUGCUUCCUCCACAGGGUACGCAGAUGCCUCCUCAGCGGGCUACACAGAUGCCUCCUCAACGGGGCACGCAGGUACCUAAUGCUCGAGACGAAGAGCCUGCUCUUCACAAUUCUCCCAGAGCUCCAGUUCCAAGGACCAUGAGCGUCUCCACUGAAGUUCAUAGAGCUCCUCAGGACACUCAAAGCAUUCCAGCCCCUCGACGGACCCAAAGCCUUGCCGCGCCUCAGGGCCGUCUUGGCGUUGCUCAAGAGACGUUCCGGGCUCCUCGAGCACCUCGUGUGGAGUCUCGGGCACCACAAGCCCCUAGAAACGCUCCAAACGCUCCCCGAGCAGAAUUCCGGCCUUUGCAUGCUCCUCAAAACGCUCCGAAUGCUCCUCGUGCGCAUAUUCGCCCACAUCAAGCACCCCGAAAUGCCCCCAACGCCCCUCAGGCAUAUAUUCAACGGUCCCAAGUUCGUCAAGCCAAUCCCACAGCAACCGUUCGACCAUCUCGGGGUUCUCAAGCGGCUCCUCCAUAUGCCCCUCAAGGUCCUCGAACUGGUUUCGAGCCACCUCGAGCUCAUCUACAUGCCCCAAGAGCACCGCAAGCAAGUUAUCAACCAUACAUUGCUCCCCAAAACGCUCCUAGAGCCCCCCGUGCAGAUUAUUUGCCCUAUCAGUCCUAUCAGACUUAUCAAGUUCCUACAAAUAUUUACAUGUCUCAACCGACUCUUUGGUCCACUCAAGCCCCUCAAGUGGAUGCUCCCAGAGCUCCUCGCGCCAUGCGAACUACUCCAACUACCCCUCCCGAGAGUCCACCAACUUUCAACGAUCCUCGAGCCCCUAGGUUUCCGGAGCUGUCCUCUCUAGCUGGUGAACUGGAUGUAGCUUCUCGCUAUGGUUUUCAACAACCCUACCACGUACCAAACGAUCCUCUCGUCCCAACCCUCUUUGGGCUGAAUACAUUUAAUUACAACCACCCCAGCACCGUUCAGCCGAUAGACGGAGCAGCAUACUAUCAAACGCUACAAGACUAUAAUCAGUGGCGUACCUCGAACCCAUCGAUUGAUGCCUGGUACAUUGGCCCUCCGGAGCCUGAAGAAGUGCUUCGGCAUGGCAUGAUUCUUCGAUUUCUUGAUAGCCUGCCCCCCACUCCACCCAAUCCCGCGUUUCCCCCUGAUCCCCCUCGGCUCCUUCGGAGAACUCGUCGUCGACGUCCGACGCGAAGUUCUGCUGACGAAUAUGGCUCUUCUAGCCAGGCUGGCCCCUCUGAGGAGGCAGCGGCUGCUGAAGAUGCGGUUGCUGAGGAUGCUGCUGCUGAGGAUGCGGCCCAGGGCAAUGCCGAGUCUGCUCAGGGCGGACAAGGCAGGCGGAACAGGCGUGGCAGACGAGGUAGAUGUGGCAGGGGAGGAGAGAGGAGUGAAGAGAGUGUUGCAACCGAAAAGGUUUUGGGUGAGUUGACCGAAGAAGCUGAUGGUGAAUUAACUGAGGAAGAAGUCCUGGGUGAGGUGACUGAGGAUGUUCAGGCUGAGAAGACUGAGGAAGUUUGGGAUGAAUUGACUGAAGAAAUCCAGGAAUUGAACGAGGAAGAAGUUCAAACUGGUCCUUCGGGCUAG